UAUUUUUGCUCGUGUUGUUGUUCAGGGAUGCUUAAAAGGUAUGCUAAAUGACCACUUUCAGUUACCGCUUAUUAGUAACAUUUAGCAUUCGUUUGUGCUGCAACCUGAUAACUGGUACCUCGUUCGGACUAGGUUUCAUUCACAGGCUAGCGCCUUAAGACAGCGGGGCUACGGAAAAUGCUCCUGUCAGCGCCAGGCAGGUUGCUGCCGUCUGUACUGUAAACAAAGUAGCUUGCUAGCAUCGUUAGCAUCAGCUGGUCAGCAGGAAGGAGACUGGACCUUGUUCAGCGAGCCUUUGUUUGCUCCAAUCUGGCGUGAGCUCUGACGCUUUGGGCUUUGCUUUACCUCGUCGUCUUUUUGUGGAGUUGUUUCCUGUAAAAUAGGGGCUGGAAGGCUGGUCCAUGAAAGGGAAACCGGGACGUGUGCGGCUCCUGCAGAGUUGUGCCUGGUGACUUGGAUCCAGUCUCGUGUGGAUGUUUGCAUGGAUGCAGCAGCUGUAACCGCAUGCAGAUUUAGGUAGCUGGCCUGAUGGACAAAAGAGAGAGGAAGCUGGGCUAUUUUGCCUGGCGGAAACGGCAGAGCCAAUUGGAGAAGAGUCCAAAUGAGCGAACCCCAGCACUCUUCAGUGAUCCCAACAAGAAGAAGGACCCACAGACAGUAACAGCAAAGCUGCCAGCAGGCGAUGGGUGUAAAAUUAACAGUCAGUCAAAGCUGCAGAAGAAGAGGCCACCAGGGACGGUGGAGUAUACGGUGGGUCCGAAUGAUUCCCUCAACAGCAUCGCACUGAAGUUUAACAUCACCCCGAACAAGCUGGUGCAGCUGAACAAGCUCUUUUCCCCCAGCGUCUUCCCUGGACAGAAACUCUUUGUUCCAGAUAUCAGCCGAUCAGAAUCCGACCCCAAGUCUCCCACUUCCUCUGACCCCUCGCUUACUAACGGCCUUUCUGACAAGGUAUCCCAUGAUGAAACUCAAGGCUGCAGGUCAGCAAAAUCCAUCUGCCGUAAGCUCUCCCCGAACUCUGAGGACGAGAGCCCGGCGACGGUUAAAUUCAUCAAGAUGAGCUGCAAAUACUUCACCGACGGCAUGGGUGUGGUUGGCGGUGUCUUGAUUGUGACCCCCAACAACAUCAUGUUUGACCCUCACAAGUCAGACCCGCUGGUGAUCGAGAAUGGCUGCGAGGAGUACGGCCUCAUCUGCCCCAUGGAGGAGAUGGUUUCUGUGGCGUUGUACGACGACGUGUCGCGUAUGAAGCUCAAAGACGCUCUGCCUUCAGACCUACCCCAGGAUCUGUGUCCUGUGUACAGGCCUGGUGAGUGGGAGCAGCUGCCGUCUGAGCAAGAGCUCAACCCGUUCAGCCGAUACGAAGCUCUGGUUCCACAUCGACCAAUAGUCUUGGAUGACAUUGAAGCUACUCUCUCUGAAACGGGGAGCACAGUGGGGGACCAGACGGAGAAGUCUCCUUCAGAUGAAGGAUUCACAGAGCUGGAGCCCACCGUCAACGGGAGCACAGAAGAGGCUGAGGGGCCGCCCUCCACCACGCUCAACGCUGCCAGCAGAGAUCUGGAUGAGGGGUCCAGAUCAAGCUGUUCGAACCUGGAGGACAAGCUGAUGCUCGGACAAACAAAAGGGAAGCCUGAUGAGGAGGAGGACGAAGGUGUAGCUCAGAACAGCUCCAUCGAGGAUGGAGAGUCGACGCAUUCCACCUUGGAGACUGAGAAACAGGAUGAUAAACCUGAGAUUCAUGAGGGAACAACACUAACCAAAGACAUUCAAUUAAAAGGACAAGAGGAUCCGCUGAACAGGGUAGAUGAUAAAAUCAUCAGGAAGUUGACUCUUCAGGAAUCCUCUGGGAUUCAGGGAAGGCCGAGGCGAAGCUCUCAUGGACCGAAAGAGGGGGAGAAACUCUGUGAGGAUGAGAACCCGAAGAAAAACGACAACUCAGAGAUGAGGUCCUGGCUACUGGAGAAGAUCCAGGCUCCAAUACAAGAUAUGCUUUUCUCAUCUGAGGAGAGGAGCAAGAACCCACCCAUGUUCCUCUGCUUCAAAGUUGGGAAACCCAUGAGGAAGUCUUUUGCCACGGGCAGAACUUCGAGUCCGGCCCACUCCCUCGGGAGCUGGGGAAGGCAGCCCGAGUACUGGUUUGCUGUUCCACAGGAGAGGGCGCAGGAUCUGUACUCCUUUUUUGUUCAGUGGUCUCCCGAUGUUUACGGUAAAGAGGCUCGAGAGCAGGGCUUUGUGGUGGUGGAGAAGGAUGAGCUGGACAUGAUCGACGACUUCUUCAGUGACCCCGCAUCCUGCAGCUGGGAGAUUAUUACCAUUGAUGAGGCAAAGCGCCGACAGAGCUUUGGCAGCUGCGACAGGGACCUGUCUGCGGAUGCGCUGCCCAUGCUCAUGGACAGCAGCCAGCUGCUGGAGGACACGCACAUCGAGAAGCUGGCUUGUAGCCUGCCUGCUCGCGUGCAGGGAUACCCGUGGAGACUGGUCUACAGCACUGAAAAACAUGGCAGCAGUUUAAAGACUCUGUACAGGAACGUUGCAGAUGUGGACAGCCCGGUGCUGCUGGUCAUCAAAGACAUGGAUUAUCAGAUAUUUGGCGGAUUUUCCACUCAUCCCUUUAGAGUGAGCGAGCACUGCUACGGCACUGGAGAGACGUUCCUCUACAGCUUCUGCCCUGAAUUAAAAGUGUACCGGUGGACGGGGGAGAACUCUUACUUUGUGAAAGGCGACAUUGACUCUCUUCACAUGGGAGGUGGAGGAGGUCACCUGGGACUCUGGUUGGAUGCUGAUCUGUUCCGAGGCACCACUACCAGAUGCGCCACCUUUAACAACCAACCACUGUCCUUCCAGCAGGAUUUCAGCAUCCACAGUCUAGAGGUCUGGGCCUUUGAGUAGCUCCACCUGCUCCCUCUGCACUUGCUCUCUGAUCCACAAAACCUUAAAACACCCCCUAAAUUGUAUCAUGUACCACAACCAUAGCCGCCCACAAACGACACUGGAGGUUCUGCGAGACAAGUCCAGAAAUAGCUUGUGGAGCUGAGACCUUUACAGGUUGGACUGACCUGCGGGUAGGUGGGGGUGCCAGCUCAUCCUAGCUUCAACUAGGGAGUAAUAGAACAGGUGUCAGUUUGUCAAUGGCCUGAGACAACAGACGGUUGCUCCAGCCUCCCGAGCAUGCAGACUACCUAUCCACCAUGAACUCCAGAGGGGCCUAAACAUUACUGUUACUCUGCAAAGUGCUGGUUUCAGGUCUGUGUCAGGAGAUUCCCUUUGUUUUUUGGUUGUAUCUUUGCAGAAACUAUUAUAAUUUUCCAAUCAUUUGUAUGCACAGAAGAAAGAUUUUUUUUUUUUUUGUCACCAUAAACUUAAGACUUGACCAGACGUGGUUCUAGAUCCUUGGCUAUUAAAUGAAGUGUUUACAGCAGAGGGAUCUCCUUCCCUAAAGUCUGUCCUGGUCUUAGAGUUGGAGAUUCAGAGGAUGAGAACGAUUCCCGUAUUGUUCAUAGCCAAUCACUUUCGAUAGUAAUGCGCUUAAAUUUUCAGUGACCAAAUGUUUGUUUUUGAGCUUUAUUUGUUGGAAAGCUCUUUAUUUUUUUAUUUUAUUUGUACAUUGAAUUUUUACAAAAAUAAUCCUUUUGUGUGAGUUUAUUUUUUCAAAUUUUAUAGAUGCAUUUCUUUAAAUAUAAAUACCAAUUUCUGGACAAAAUUUGUUGUGAAUUUAAUUUUAUUCUCUUCUGCCGUUCAUUUCCAGCCAGUAGAGGUUUCUUCUUACUUUACUUUGCACUACAGAACGCGGCUCUCAGUGGAAACGCUUUUCUUUUAAGGUUAAAUGACUGCAGGAGGAAAAACUCUGCCAUCCUCUCGGCAGCUGCUCCUUCACUCACUAAAGGAUGUAGAGGGGAGGAUGUUUUUGCACUUUGAUACUUCACUAACUCUACAUCCACUAACUGAAGUUGUUCAUUUGAGUUGUUUUUGUGGUUGCAGCUGGCGGGAGCAUGAUGGGAAAUGUGCGUCAUGACUUUUUGUUUAGAGAUGCCCGUACUGCUUCAUGUGACUAUGAGACCAUUUCUUUUAAGUGUUUACUGUUGUAACUGUGAAUGCUGAUAAGUAUUAUUUUUCAUGUGAUGACACCAAGGAUCUAUUUAUUGCGUUGUUGCGAAUACAUUUAAACUUAAAUAAAUGUUAUAUAUCUACAAGCA